AUGGCCAGUUCCGAAGACAUGACCGCCGCAGAGCUAACAAUCAGCAACGAUGAGCUGUGUCAGGAGCUGGUGGACGCCGAAAAGGGGCUCGCUGUUGUGCUCAAAGAGAACGACGAACUGAAGGAGAGCAACAACAAGCUGAAGAAGCAGCUUGAUGUGGAGCUGGCCAAACAGACUCAGCCCCCGCCGACGCCACUUUAUCCUGAUGGCAGGCCUUCCUGCGAGCCCAAGUACAGGCUGAAGAUUGGCCUCCCUUGGAGGCUCCUGCUCAAGGCCGUCCUGCCCUACGAGGGCGGGGAGCACGUCUGGUCGAUUGGCGCUCCCUACUACCACAACCUCCACAAGCAGCUGAGGCAAUACUACGGCGACGCUGUCACCUGGAAGACCCAGAUCAAGUACCGCCGGGCCUGCGAUGGGGAGUGGAUGGUGGUGGAGAACGACAAGGACGUCAAGCUGGCCUACAAAGACUGGCAGUACUCCCCCUACGUAGACACAACUUGGUUGCGUCUGUUCAUCGUGGUGCCUUGA